AUGGAUUCUGAUACAUCAAGUGGGUCUGCCUGGACUAUUAUCAAUUAUGUGCUUGUAACUUGGUACUGUUUCAUGUUGGGCUUGAGUUUAUUCGGCCAGUACAUAGGACAGUCAAGAUAUAAUCAUCCACCAAAGCCAAUAUCAUCAAAACUAUCAGCAUCUGAAGCGGAAGGGGUUUCAAUCAUCCGACCUUUAAAAGGGGUUGAUUUGGAAUUGGAGGCAAAUUUGCGAUCAUCAUUUGUACAAAACUAUCCCAAAUUUGAAAUUAUCUUUUCAGUGGCAUCAGCCAAGGACCCUGCCAUCAAAAUCGUCGAGAAACUGCGCCAAGAAUACGAGCAUGUAGACAGUAGAUUGGUUGUUGGUGACCAUCAAGUCGGCAUCAAUCCUAAAAUCAACAACAUGGUCGAAUCCUACAAGACAGCGAAAUACGACAUUGUGUGGGUGUUGGAUAGCAAUGUGCAUGUUGACAGAGAUACCUUGGGAAGGUCCGUCGAUCAAUUAAUGUUGCCUGGUAUUGGAUUGGUGCAUCAUUUGCCAAUUGCUGUUCAGCCGGCAAAUUACGCUGCCGAGAUUGAGCAGACGUUCCUCGAUACAAACCACGCUAAAAUGUAUUUAGCCAUCAACGGUGUGGGUAUCGCUUCCUGUGUGAUGGGCAAAUCAAACUUGUAUCGUCGGUCCGACUUGGAUCGCGUAGGUGGAUUGGAGAAGUUUGGUAAAUAUAUGGCCGAAGACAAUAUCAUUGGCGAAGCGUUGUGGCACCAAGGCCUUCGACAUCGCAUGAGUGCAGACGUGGCUUGUCAGGCUUUGGGCCCUAUAUCCAUUGGAGGUUACUGUGCACGUCGUGCAAGAUGGGUGCGCCUGAGAAAGUACAUUGUCACUGCAGCUACCUUGGUGGAGCCGAUAACAGAGUCUAUCAUAUGUGGUCUCAUGGGCGCAUUUGGCUUUCAUCAAGUAUUUAACAUACCAAUGCCACUCUUUUUUGCUGUUCACUGGACAUGGUGGUUCAUGAAUGACUGCAUAUUAUAUCGUACACUAGUGCGUGCUAGUUCGUUACACACUCUGGAUGCUCAGAAACCACUCCCGUUUCUUCAUUUCUUACGUGCUUGGAUAUCAAGAGAAGUAUUGGCGUUACCCCUCUAUCUUUAUGCCAUGGCAGGCACCAAGAUCUCAUGGCGUGAUCAAGAGUACAGAUGUAUUUCAGAUGGUACAGCUGUUGCCAUCUCUAGUAACAAAGACUCUUCCUCUACUACAGCCUUGUUAUCUGCCACUCAACAAGAUUAA